CAUGUUUUUAUCAGUUUAUUAGCCUUAUUAAUUUAUUCUGUGAAUUACCUGCUUAUAUCCUUGGUCAUUUUUUUUUAUGGACUUGUUCAUCUUAUUGAUUUAAAAAUAAUCUUUGUGGCCACUUCCACCCUCGCCUCCCAUCAAGCAAGAUGGCAGAGGAACCAGAGUCAGUGCUGCAGCUCCCUCCCUCGACUGCUGUUGGCAGCAAAGGACUUACGGAGGUCUUCCCAGAAACUGUCACCCCUGAGCCCCCUUCAUCUGCUGCAGUCUCCCUGGGAACAGAGGACACCAAGGAAAAACUUGACAUACUGCUAAAAACAGUUGUUUAUUUAUGUGAAUCAGUCCUUUGCCCCUUCUCCAGACUGGGAAGUUGGAACUCUCUCUGA